AUGGUACGCGUCAUUGAGAGGCUGCAGCAGGAGGCCGAUGUCCAGGGUGGCAUCAUUCUGGAUUCGUGGGCGGACGAGCGGGACGUCGUGCGGCGGAUCAAGGAUGUCAAGAGUUAUCCCUUUUCGUUCCUCGUGCAGAGCUUCCUGCCACCGCAACGAGGCGGGACGCCGCGGGUCAACUCGCCAGCGACGGGCCUGGGCUCUACGAACCAGCGGCAGAGCGAGGAUGAGGGCGUCAACAUGAAGGAGGUCGACGGCGUGCUCAGCGAGAUUGCUGUCAUGCUCGGGCGAUGGUCCUUGUACGCCCGCUUCCUGGCUGGCAAGGCGAGGGACCCUGAAACCCCCGAGGAAGCCGACCUUGUGAUGCCCGACUUGCUCACGAAAUCCAACCUCAGCCGAAAAGUGGCAGACAAGCUGACGACGCCCUACAAUACCAUGAUGACCUUUUUCUUCCGGCGGUCCGUCGAGAAGGCCUUCCAGCUGGACGAGCAACCUGCGGGCCUGUCCCUCAACCUGAGCAAGCCGAUCGACACGAAUUCGCCCAACAUCAUAUCCGCGGUGGACGACGUCAUGUACGUUGUCAGCGCCGUGCUUCAAAAGUCCGUCUCCACAUUUCAAAGAGGCGUGGUCACAUCGGUGGUGUCAGCCAUCGAACGUGUCCUCACUGCCGAUUUCGUCGGCAUGGUCCAGCGCAAGAUGCGCGACGAGUCGUUCCCCAAGCCGCUCGUCUCCGGUGGUUUCCCGCCAGAGGACAAGAUCAUCCAGUUCAUCGUGCUCAUCAACAGUCUCGACACGGCCAACGAGUACCUCACGCGCAUCAUCCACAGCAAGACGGGCGGCUCUGAGGCCGCCGGCGGCACGACGACAGGCGAGGGCUCCCUCCGAGAGUCCUUUCCGUUUGAGCGGGACGCCACCUUUGUGGCAUCCAGCCUCGAGACGCUGCUCGCCAAUUUCACGGCCAAGACGACCGAACUGAUGAACGAAGGCCUCCAGGUGCUCUUCAACCAGGUCGUCAAGCCCCGCCUGCGGCCCGUCUUCAGCGACACGUUCCGCGACACGGACUAUUCGUUCACGGAGGACGAGCUCGCCGAGUACGCGGAGCAGGUGGGCGAGAGCGAGGAGCAGGUCCUCGAGCAGGUGCCGCGCCGGUUCGAGCACGGCUGGGACCAGCUCAUGAAGCCCGUCGCGCGGCUCAUGACGCCGCACACGUUCACGACGGUGCAUGACAUCACGGCGCGGUACCUCGCAAGGGUCCUCGAGCAGCGGGCGUGGAAGAGCCGGGCCAGCGCGUUUGGCGUCAUCCGCAUGGAGCGCGACUUUUCGAGCAUCGUCGGCACGGUGGCCAGGGGCAACUACGGCGUGCGGGAGCUCUUUGCGCACACUGCGCUCGAUCAGCCGUCGCGAUUCCCCCCCAUUCGUGAUGGCCGCUCUCGAAACGAAAGGCCCAGGACGGCCAAAGUCCGCUACGCUGCCAUGAAGGUCCGCCAGCGGCAGCCCCCGUAG